AUGCUGGUAUUUGGUCGUUAUGCACUCCAUCGAACUUCUCGAGUCGUAUGGGCUCCUGAAAAGAUCAGUGCCGUUGAGCGUGCCCUCCUAUUGACCACCAAAGACGCCAUAUCCACGUUCAUCUGGCGUGUGCAAGUUGACUCUGCAAACUUUCUUCGAGCUCCAGAGCCGCGAUUGCGUCAACGUCUGCAGGUCCCGCAUUGCAUUUGGAACGUCACAAGAGCAAUACUGUAG